CCAAGAACCGGACCCCAACUCCAACGCCUCCUCCAAUGGGGAUGGGGCCCCGGCCGCUGCUGCGCCGCCACCUCCACCUCCCCGCGCGACGCCCCUCCACCUCGACCAGGCCGGAGGCGGCGCCGACGGGUCGACCUCCGCCACGGUGGUGGACCCGCGGAAGGGCAAGGAGACGCUGCUGCCCAGGGACAUUCCUCCUCCUCCGAGCCCCACGGACUACGCCGGCGGCGGCGCCGAUGGGUCGAGCUCCGCCGCGGCGUGGGUCCAAAGGAAGGGCAGGCUGGCCGCCGUUCCCUUUCCGGCACCUUUUCCCCCAAGCUCCGCGGGCAGCAUCCCCGACUUCGGAGCCGGGGGGUCAAGCUCCUCGGCGGGGAGGAGGAUGGUGGUGCCGAGGGACGCGACGCUGCCGUUCGACUACACGCGGGUGUUCCAGCAGGCGGUACGAGAGGGGCAGUCGGUUAUCAUCGAGGAGGAGCAGGUGGAAUCGCCGCACGCCAAAGACGCAGUCCCGGGAAAGGAAAAGGAAAAACUAUGACAAGUCAAGGUGAGACCCAGGCCUGAAAAGGGGAAAUCACCCUGGAGCUGGCUCAAGAACAAGAUUUUUUGUAGAGAAGGAAGGCAAAUAUGUUCGGAACAUGUCCAGCACCAGACACAACCCAUCUCCGAAGUAAGGAAUCGUUAUAUGGUUUCUUCUAAUGGGAUGAACAGUCUUGAUGGCUAUUCAGAAUUUAGACCGGUGAUUGGAGAUGGGGAGUGUUUCUACAGGAGCUUCAUAUUUUCCUACCUAGAGCAAGUUAUUGAUAGGCCGGACACAGAUGAGGAACGCCGUCUCCUUGAUGUUGUUGAAACAGCGUCUGCACGACAUGCAGAUCUUCGAUGGAACUCUAAGUUUCCCAGGAGCAGCAGAGCAUUUAAGAAGCUGCUUGAGAAAGUAAAGAGAUGGAAGAACACGGAAUCAAGUAGCAGUUGCCGUAAAGAGGAACUUCUCAAGUUCUUCAGCACAUAUGAUAAGACGCAAGACAUUUUUGCUUUCCUCAGAUUACUAGUAGCUAUCCAGAUAUGCUCGCACAGUGCAGAGUAUGUACCGCAUAUACCAGAUGUCGCCAGUGGAGUUUACAGUCUGAAAGUUUGGUGCUUUCUGUACGUCACUCCAGCUCGUGUGGAAUCGGAAGGUCUUAUGAUGAGGGCCUUGGCCAGCGCGCUUGACGUAACCCUCAUAGUGGAAACAUUCCAAGGAGGAUAUGCUCGAGAUAUCUACACUAGUCCUGGAGUUCCCCGUCCGGCUGUGACCCUGCUGUACAAUGGUAAUCACUACGACAUCAUCUACCCGCGCGCUCCUCCUUCCGAGAGUUCAAGUCAUCAGGCUUCCUAGAUAGAACAUCCUGGUGAUCAGAGUUCAAUUCAACAGACUUCCUAGAGAGAACAUCCUGCUGACCAGAGUUCAAGUCAACAGAUUCCUCCGGAUUAAAGUUGUGUUGGGCUGCUGCCGUUGAAUGAGAGUGUUGCUGAGUUUAGUUGUAGAGUAGAUCCACCGAUGAAGUUGGGGUAGGCAUAGCAUAUACUUUUGCAUUCUUCUUCUGUUGGCUGGUAUACGAGUGAAUGUUCUGUGAUCGCAUUCGAACUUCUUAAUUGUGUUUUUGAAAUUUGAACAUGGGCAUGAUAUCGGCUGGUCUUUUUUGUAUGUUCUGGAAGACACAAAUAUUGCUCUUGUU